AUGUUCAUGUUUGGUUCCUCCACACAGAACCAGAACCCUGCCUGUAAGAACCCGAACCCUGACUGUAAGAACCAGAACCCUGCCUGUAAGAACCAGAACCCUGACUGUAAGAACCAGAACCCUGCCUGUAAGAACCAGAACCCUGCCUGUAAGAACCAGAACCCUGACUGUAAGAACCAGUACCCUGACUGUAAGAACCAGAACCCUGACUUUAAGAACCCGAAUCCUGACUGUAAGAACCAGAACCCUGCCUGUAAGAACCAGAACCCUGACUGUAAGAACCAGAACCCUGCCUGUAAGAACCCGAACCCUGACUGUAAGAACCAGAACCCUGCCUGUAAGAACCCGAACACUAACUGUAAGAACCAGAACCCUGCCUGUAAGAACCAGAACCCUGCCUGUAAGAACCAGAACCCUGACUGUAAGAACCAGAACCCUGCCUGUAAGAAACCGAACCCUGACUGUAAGAACCAGAACCCUGCCUGUAAGAACCCGAACACUAACUGUAAGAACCAGAACCCUGACUGUAAGAACCAGAACCCUGCCUGUAAGAACCAGAACCCUGCCUGUAAGAACCAGAACCCUGACUGCAAGAACCAGAACCCUGCCUGUAAGAACCAGAACCCUGACUGUAAGAACCCGAACACUAACUGUAAGAACCAGAACCCUGACUGUAAGAACCUGAACCCUGACUGUAAGAACCAGAACCCUGCCUGUAAGAACCAGAACCCUGACUGUAAGAACCAGAACCCUGACUGUAAGAACCAGAACCCUGCCUGUAAGAACCCGAACACUAACUGUAAGAACCAGAACCCUGACUGUAAGAACCAGAACCCUGCCUGUAAGAACCAGAACCCUGCCUGUAAGAACCAGAACCCUGCCUGUAAGAACCAGAACCCUGCCUGUACAUCAAAGUCUGACAGAAGUCUCAGAGUGAAGACUCGCUGA